GUGUUGCUAGGUUACCAGAGGACGCGUGCUGUAGCAGGCCAUGAAUCAUGGUAGCUGUUUCGGAUGUGUCUCUCGAUUGCCUUGUUCAAAUCUACAGUGAACUGAGCUAACAGGAGUCGUUCACUGAACCAACAUAGCCAACCGUUUUGUUCCAUAAAAGGAAUGCCUCAUAAGAAGAUACCAAAAGCAACAGUGCUUCCAGUAAAAAUCUGGGAGCAGAAGGCACAGAAGUGUGGAUUGCUGCAUAGUGUCUAUUCCGUCAAUGGGGACAAGUACACCGGAGAGUGGCUUGAUAACAAAAAGCAUGGUAAAGGAACCCAGGUUUGGAAAAAAUCAGGAGUAAUAUAUGAUGGUGAUUGGAAAUAUGGCAAACGGGAUGGAUAUGGUACAUUUAGUCGUCUAGAUCCUGCAACGAAUGACUACAGAAGAAUAUACUGUGGAGAAUGGAAAAAUGACAAGAAAGAUGGCUUUGGGACGCACUUCUACGGCGAAAAUUCCUGGUAUGAGGGAGAGUGGUAUGAAGGCCUGAGAUGUGGAUGGGGCAGAAUGUACUAUGCCAACGGAGAUAUAUACGAGGGUGAAUGGCUGAAAGAUAACCACCACGGGCAGGGCAUGCUCCGACUUGCCAAUGAGAACAGGUACGAAGGUGGCUGGAGGCAAGGGGAAAAGCACGGUCCUGGAAAAUUCCUCUACCUGAAGAAGGGUCAGUUGUAUGAGGGCAGAUGGGAGAAUGGAGUGGCUAAAUGUGGGACAGUGUCAGAUUUUGGGAAAGAAGAAGCACCAAACCCAACAAUGUACCCUAUUCCCCAGAUUCGGCUGUUGGAUAUGAAUGCUGUUCUAAUGGAAACAAGUUGUUUAGUAGAGGAAGACUCAGAGUCCUGAUUACCAGCAAAUCCUGCCUUUAGCUCACCUCAAGGAUUUUUGAGACAUCGCACUAACACACUUGGCGCAAACAUCAACUGCACCAAUAGGGUUUCUCUACCAACUCGUGUUUGUGUGAAUGAACGUCGCAAUAAAUUCAAGUUGUCAUCCUA